UUUUUUUCUUUUUUCUUUUUUUUUUCCCAUUCCCCUCGCACUCGGCCAGCUCUCCUUGGCUCCAACCCAACCGCGCGCGCUGACCUCCCCGCGUCCUUCCCGCGCCCAGCGGGAACCGUCCCCAGGCGGCCCCAUCCCGUCCCACCGACCCCUCCCUCGCAGCUCCAUCGCUGGGCCAUGCGGGCUCUGUUUGUACACAGAUGAGCAACAGCUCGGCGCCAGCGCGGCAUCGCCCAGCCCCGUGCCCGGCCGCUGUCCCCGAGGUGCAGGCAGGGAGCGGAGAGACGGUGUGGUCUGGCCACCCGUCCUGAGCGCAGAGCCAUCGCCACAGGGCAGCCACGUCCCCUCUGCUUUUGGUGCCGUCCCCAGGGCAGGGAUGUGAGGCACCGUCCCGCAGAGCCGCGGUCCCGACAGCACAAUGCUGAGCCUGAAGCUGCCCCGGCUGCUCAGCAUCCACCAAGUGCCUAAGGGCUACCAGGAGCAGGGCAUCCUCUGCGGGUACCGCCCCCCGAGGAUCUCAGCAGCUGACUGCCUCCUCAGCGCCUUCCAGAUGACCAACGAAACGCUCAACAUCUGGACCCACUUCCUCCCCGCAUGGUACUUCGUGUGGAUGCUGGUGGGGCGGCUGCGGGGGCCAGGGGGCCGGGACCCCCCUGCCUGGCCACUACUCGCCUACCUGCUCAGCUGCUGCAUCUACCCGCUGGCCUCCAGCUGCGCCCACACCUUCAGCCCCAUGUCGGCCCGCGCCCGGCACAUCUGCUACUUCUUCGACUACGCGGCGCUCAGCAUGUACAGCUUGGGUUCGGCCCUGGCGUAUUCAGCCUACGUGUUCCCGGAAGAAUGGGUCGGUAGCAUCUUCCACCACUGCUACGUCCCCGUCGCGGUGUUGAACACGGUGCUGAGCACCAGCCUGGCCUGCUACUCCAGGUUCCUGGAGCUGGAGCGGCCGCGGCUCAGCAAGGCAUUCCGCACGCUGGCCUUCGUGUACCCGUACCUCUUCGACAGCAUUCCGCUCUUCUACAGGUUCUACCUGUGCACGGCGUGGAGCUGCGCGGAUCCCACGGUCGCUGCCCACUACAGGCACACGGCCUUCGCCUUCCUCACCUGCUUCAUCUUCGCCACCCACCUGCCCGAGAGGCUGGCGCCGGGACACUUCGACUACAUCGGGCACAGCCACCAGGUGUUCCAUGUCUGCGGCAUCCUGGGCACGCACUUCCAGCUGGAAGCCAUCCUGAUGGACAUGAGCGAGCGGCAGUCGCGGCUCCCGGCCACAUCGCUGCUGCAAGCACUGGCGCCCAUGGGCAUGUGCAUGGCUGUUGGGUUGGCGGUCAUCGUGCGCUGCUGCGCACAGCUCCGCCGUGCGCCGGAGCCCUUGCACUGGGAGAAGCUGCACGAGCAUUAGGGCCCCUGGGCCGUAGGAUGUGGGUUCCUGGUUUGCUGCUGCACAGGACAGAACCUGGACAGCUGACGGAUGGGGAGAACACAGCGUUUCUUCGCGUGCGCUCUAUGAGAAAAUGUCUCUUGGCGGAUCCUCGAGAGCGAAACGUAUUGCACUGGUGUUUGUACAUAGGGCUUUCAGGCUGGGGAUAGGUUAUGAAAUGCUUUCAAUCAAGCUGAUAUUUCAUCACCGGAAAUAUUUAAAGUAAUUUUUAACGUUUUUUUCUGCAAAAGGGAGGUAUGUGCCAAUGCUUUCCAGAGCAAGAGGCAUUCACCAGUUCUGCCUUACGGAGGGGGCACAAGUGUCCUUGCUGUCAGGGGGAACAGUUUUAAACUGAAAAAGGAGAGAUGUGGUCAGACGUUAGGAGGAAAUCCUUUACUCAGAGGCAGCGAGGUGCUGGCACUGCUGACCGGAGCUGUGGGUGCUCCAUUGCUGGAGGUGACCAAGGCCAUGGACAGGGCCCUGGGUGAUCUGCUCAACCCCUCCAUGGCAGAAGGUUGGAACUGGGUGUGCUUCGGGGUCCCUUGCACCCCUGCCAGUCUGUGAUCCCAUGAUGCUGGUCAGCAGCAGAACCCCACGGCAGGAUGUGGAUGCAGUGCGAGCCGCCGUGCCCCAGGGCUGAGCCCAACCUUUCUGGUGCUGGAAGUAAAACUCCAAAUAUCUGCAGCCUGCUGCCUGAUGCUCCACCCAAGUGCCUAACCGAUGUGGGGCUGGGCCGGACCAGAGCCUGCCUUACAUUUAGUUUUAAGGAAUUAUCCAGGGCACCUCGGUGCUCCAUGGAUCAAGCAGCCUUAGGGGAUCACCUCUCCUCCAAGAACACAUGGAAGAACUCUUCAGGGCUUUGAGGAUGCUUGCCACUCAGCUGCCACAUUGGUUUUAGCCAGCACCUCACAUGUGAUGCGGUGAUGCCUGCUGUGGAGCACUAUCUCUCGGUAAUCAUACGGGUGUAUAACUGGUUUGUGUAUAAUUAAUUACCUCUCGCAAGGUAGAAGAGAUGCACUUUGGUGUGGCAACACAACAGCUCGUUAAGGAUACGAUGGGGCUACUAAGUCUUUUGAUAACAAACUUGCUUUUGAAAGCUGACCAAGAUAUUAAUAUUUAUAAGCACUGGAACAUAAUUGUUUAUUCAGCAGUUUUAUUCCAUUAAGAGAGGAAACUAAUAGAACCGCGGCACUGAUGUAUUCUAACCUGAUUUGGAUGGUUCUAUUUCUAUCUGUGAAAAUAAUCGCUGCAGAGAUAAUUGCGAAUAAUUGCAAAGCUUAUUUACGUGGAGUACGUGUGCAGCCGGAAAGAAACACGCUCUGUCUGCCAGACACGAUUUAAGACUCUGUCAUCUUUACAUCCACCGCUGUGACUUUGUUUGCUCUAUGGUUUGAAGUCCCGUGGUCCUCCCAGUGUGAGCAAAAUACCAGGCGUGGUUUGCUCCUGGAGCGGCACUGCCAGGCCACACGCCUUGCUCGGCUGCAGAUGGGCCUCGCGAAGCGCUGUGACGGACGGUGCGGCCUUCGCAUCCGGAAAUAAAAGCUUUGGGACCGAUUGCAA